AUGACUAAGCCGGAUCUCAGCGCAAAGAAACCACCAACCACUCAACAGCAACAGCAACAAGAGGAAUCGCGUGAUGAAACAUGCGAAAAAGGUAGAACUGACCAUGGAACAAAUGAUAAAAGUGAGAAAAUUGGGGUGAAAUACAGUCAUAAAUUGAGAAGUUUCACGGCAAUGAUUAGUCUUCUGGAAUCAAAGACUUCACCUGGUUAUGCUAAGAAAAGGCGAUCGAUGAGAAGAGAACUUAAUGCGGGUUACUUCUACUUUUCUCGAUAA